AUGAUAGAAGAUGCGGGCUGCGGGUUCACCUGCAACGAAUGCGACCACUAUUUUCCGACCCUCGACGGCUUCGAGCGGCACAUCUGGAAUCGACACAUCCAGAAUUUCCCCUACAGAUGCGCCGUCUGCGGGUAUCCGUCGUUGAAUCUCAAGGAUUUCGACAAGCACUUCCAGAUGGCCCACGGCGACGCGCAUCCGCCGGAAUUCAAGCGAAAAAUGGAAGACGAGAGCCGAUUGUGGACAAUUCUCACCGACAGCAUCAACAAUUGGCUGUACGCGAGCGUCUACAACGGCGACGUGGACGGGUAUGCGCAGCAGGGCCCCGCGCCGGUCCCGUACGGUCGCGACGAGACGAGGGAGGACGGAGAAUGCAGGGAGGCCGCAGAUGCCGAUCGCCAGAAACCGCCGACUGUUUGGCAGGUGGACGACGCCUCGGAUGACCGGUUCAAGAUUGUGGCCAGGCGCGUCGCCUCGCCGGCCGUGAAGCGGAUACCCUCGAAUUGGAUGCAGGAGGAGAUCUCGGUGCGCGUGGCCGGCCAGCCGCAGCAGCUCAACGACGGCGGGACGGUGGUGCUGAUGGGCGGGCUGCGCGGCGACGAGAUGGAGCCGAUGAUGUCGGUGGCCGCCGAGGAGGAGGUCUUUCAGGAGGAUCAGGCUGACGACGGGCGAGAAGGGGAGCACCACCACCAUCACGACGGAGACGACGACGGCCAGAUGAUGAUGUCGACGCCGGGGCCAAGCUACGUCGAAUACUACGAACAACCCGAUGCACAGGGCUUUGUCGACGACACGGAGACGUACGAAUUUGUGGACACCGACGGCAAUCCGCUGUAUUUGGACCCCGAGUUUUCGUCGAAAGCGGUGCGCGAGCUGCGGCUACGGAUGCUGAAGGACGGCAUCCCUCCAAAGAGCCCGCGACCCCCGAAAAAAGACGGACACCGCUGUGAUAUUUGUGGCAAAGUGGACAAGUUCCGCUCAAAGGCGAUCGAGCAUCGCCGCUCACACACCGGCGAGAAGCCCUUCAAAUGUCCCAAGUGUAAGAUGGGCUUCACGCAACGCGGCGCCCUCAAAUCACAUCUUCGUCUCCAUACAGGCGAACGCCCAUACGCGUGUACGUGGGACUGUGGCAAGACGUUUCCCUCAUCAUCCGCCUGCAAAAGCCACGAGAAAUCGCACGCCGGCGAGAUGAACUACCCGUGCGAUUUCUGCGGUCGCCUCUUUGCGAAGCGGUACCAUGUGGAGCGUCACGUCAAGGCCCUUCACAUCCGCCCACAACCAGCUGGUGGCCCGCCCGGAUCGAGUUCGUCGGCCAUCUCCAACCCACCACUCAAGGGAUUAGCCGCCGCCGAAGAGGAUGAGCCCAGCGUUCGAACGGCCGUUCUCUCCGUUAUUGAGGCGGUUCGCGCCGACAAGCAGGCCAAAGCAGACAAGUUGACGAAGCAG